AAAAGAGGUUGGCAUAUGCUGUGUAUAUGCUGGUAGGAGAGGCCGAGCAUUGGUGGAGAAACACUUACAAGAUGCUUACUACUCAGGGAGUUACAGUUGAUUGGGAGUGUUUCAGAACCGUAUUCAUGGAGAAAUACUAUCCGGAGAGCGUGAGGCACGCCAAGGAGGCCGAGUUUUUGCGAUUGAUUCAGGGUGGGUUGACUGUAUCAGAGUAUGCAUUGAAGUUCGAGCACUUGGCUCUGGAGAAGGCGAAGAUUGUAGAGAGGUUGGAAGGGAGUAGUCGGGUGAUCAGAGCUGCUGAUGGACCAUCUGGGUCCAAGAGAGGAAGUGGAAGUCAGGGGAAGCCGUAUGAUAGGCCCCAACAAAGGGGUCCUGUUAUUAGGCAACCUACUGAGACUACCAGAGGGGGAGGACAGGGUGGAGGUGCUGCCCUUAGGUGUUACAGAUGUGGUGGAUCCCAUUUGAUCAGGGAUUGUCCACACACUGAGAGCAGGUGUUUCAGAUGUCAGCAGAUGGGACAUGUGUCUUUCAACUGUCCCACCAGGGGUAGACCGGAGAGGAGUACUCAGAGGAGCGAUGCGCAGAGAGCCGAUACUCAGAGGAGUAACGUUCAGAGGACUGAGACUCAGAGGG